UGGUCAUCAGCGAAAGGAACUGUCAAUGACCUCUUAGAACUAAAGGUAACUUUGUACCUCUUUGGCUAUCUUCUACGUCGUUCUCUAGUGGCCUAUUGGUUAUUAUUAGUGCCUAUUGGUUAUUAGGAGGCUAACAAAGAAGAAAUUUAUCUCUGCUCAUUUCAGCUAACUACUGAUUUGUCAACCCUCCGUACCGCCCUAGAAUAUAAAUGCCUUUCAAAAUUGAAUUUUCCGGCUUAUAAUCCCACAAAAAAUGUGAUCACCUUCAAAAUGCAUGUGAGUUGUUUCAACUGUUCAGGCAAUUUACUUGAGGAAACGGUGCGGUCAAAGGCAGGCAAAAAGGUCGAAUGCUUAUUCAGAGAAGUCAACUGGGUGAAUGCCCGAUUUGUUCAUGAAAACACGACGCAUUUGUUCGGGUAAGAAUAUAAUUGAAGUUUUUCGGUUAUAAUCUACUGCUAGAUGGAUCGAGAGCCGAUAAUUGGAAAAAGUUACUAAGAUGGACAACAGACAAUUGUAGGUUAGUAACAUUGCUGUCUUAUCGCUAACUUUUAAGUCUGGGAACUUUGAUGGCAAAAAUUAUUUCGAAAGGUCGAACCUCUCCUUAAAAGGACUUCCUUCCAACUUUCAAUUACGGACAGCUCUCUUGGUUCCAAAGAUGUCUGCGUCAUACAUUUCCCACCUCUGUGAUAGGGAUACCUAAAUUAUGCGGGUACUUAGCCACGGUAUCGUUUUAAAGGAGGUUUAAUUGGAAAAUUAAACGAGACUUACCUGUAAGUUGAAGUUUGAUUGAGAUUCUAUCACAUGACCAAGGAGGCAGGAGAUCACAUUCAUUUAUUCUGAUGGGAUCUCCUAGCCUCCGGUCAUGUGAUAGAAUUGUUAAUAGCUCGACUAACCUUUGAGUCUGGACGAAAUCCAGUGGUCUGUGUGACCAUUCAAAUGAAACCUCUUUUAGUAGAAUUGUCAAAGGGUGCUAUUUAUCUCAGUAGUAACUUUGUGUAGUUCUAACUUUUGACUCUCUGAAUGAAAUCCUAUGGUGUGACCAUUCAAAUGAUACCUCUUCAGCAGUAUAUUCACAUGGUACUAUAUUGAUAUAGAUGUAUUUCUAACUUUUCAGUCUGUAAACGAAAUCUAUAAAGUAGUCAUUUUAAUAACCUGUCUUUUAAGUGGCGUCGUGCUUACCUUGUCCUCAGUAUAAAUUGUUUACUUCCUCAUUUUCCACAAUUUUCUUCAGUUUUUACUGUUGCUUGCUUGUUCAUGACAGUCAUAUUGGAAUGAGAUUUAGCCUGGUUGAUUUGAAAAUUUCAGCAUUAUCGGAGUUUAAAAGUCAUUUUUUUAUGCGAAAGAAAUUCUUGCCUGUAAAUGUCUCAAGUAUUACUAAAAUAUUCAUACUCUUCGGCAUCUUAUAAAAUAAAAGCGCGGAAGCAUCUGAGAAGCCUUAAAAUGUUGGACAAAGUAUAGUAGAUUAAUCAAUCGGCCAGUCGCCCAAAUUGCUCAAAUUGACCAACUCUUUCAACAUUUAAAUUUAAUUUGUGCAUACGGUGAUACCUUCUAUGGGUUAAGUCGUAUGCGUGAAUGAGAAAAAUGUAAACAAUGACGUCAGCACAGUUUGCCCCCUUUUUCCGACUCUGAUCCUUGGUCGUUCAACUAUUGUUUUCAUUACAAUAUUGAUAGGAGGUAAAAUCAAAUGUGUUCGUGCUUUGGUCUUACCCUUAAAGAAUGCUCAGCAGUUAUUCAGAGAAAUUUUCUGAAAUGUCUUGAAUGGGAAGUGAUACCAACCAAGGUUGUAACUUGACCUGGUACCGAAUGUAUAUUGAUGAUUACUACUCUUAAAACGACUGUUCUUGAGUUGCUUUCAAACACUAGCGCUUCAUUCAGUACUCAAGCGUUUGGACCUCUUUGUAUAGAAGCAAAUAGAACAAAACCGCCAGUCUAAAUUGCAACUCAAGGGCUUUAAUUUAUUUAAAUGCCUUGUCACACAUUUAAUGAGGAUUUCAUCGACGACUCAAAAAGUUUAAAAAGGUCAGAUCUGGGCGAGUGCCAAAUAGAAUCGUACUACCAAUGUCCUAAUGCCUCUUGAACCUGGCUUUAGCCGGAGUAAAACCCAUACUUAUCAGCUUUUACGUGCAUUUUCACUAGAAAUACGAGAUAACUUCUUUUAGGGUUCCGCUAAAUCCUGGGAUUAAUGUAAUCGCUCUUGAAGAAGCGCAAUUUCCUCGUGUGCGAGCAUGAUUUAAUCUUUCUCAAGAGGGAUUUGUUUUUCACUUUUGAAACCUUUUGCGUCAAAACGAAUUGUUUCCAUUUAAUAAAAUGCGCCUACAAGUACCUAUUUCCUUCACUAAUAAUUUAUACUCUUUCACGCAAAUUUUUCAAAGCAAAAAGUAACAAAAUGAUACUGAUAAACUGAAAACAAAAAUUUUGAAUUAUUAUUCAUUCAAAACGUUUCUUCGGAAAUGCCCAGGAACGUCGGACAAACCAACGAUGGUCGGGAUGAAAGCACAAACAACUCUACCGUGCUUGAUGACAUGAUGACGUCAUACACCACAUCUCAUGUUCUGAUUGGUUUUUGUGUUAGCUCUUCCUUACCUUACACUGUCACAUCAGUAGAGAUUAUUUUCUCCUGUACAUGUACAAUACCUCGUGCAUACGCUCUAAAAUACUGCCGCAUCGUCACUCUCGCGUCUUCGCUCGGCUGAAUUGUUAUAAGCAACUGAACUUUUGGAUCUGCCGCUUGCAGGCUUUUUUCUGUCUAACAUCCAUCUAGCAAUAUGUUUUGCGUAUUCUUGCAUUUCUUCCUUUCAGUUUUAGUCAGAAACUCAGCUUUUUCGUCUCUGGAUCGCCAUGGACGCCAUUUUUUUUUUUUUAGUUCACUUGUAAAUGUAAAGCUAGUCGAUCGGCCGCGCCUGCCUGGAAACGAGGUUGAUCGAUGCCUCGUUUCCAAUCAAGUAUACCAUUGCAUCUAUGGUAUAUUGCUCACAGCUUCCAAAUAUGGUCAGCGCCGAUUGCUUAUGAAGAAUUCGACGGAGCCUUUUAGCCAAUCAGAAAGAGCGAAAUAUUUUGAAUGAAUUAUAAUGACAAUUAUGGCUCCCCGUGACGUGCGGAUGAAAUAAAACGAAUCCUCUUCUCUGAUGGGUUACUCGAGCGAGUUAGAAUCGGUAUAAUAGAAGCCCGUAAAAACUAAUGCGUGUUGGUCCGUUUGAACUUAUACGUAGUUUUCUGGCUUGGCUUGACCUGGUUCUGAACUAUAUGGUUCCCAGAGCCUAUGCCUCUUGGUGGCUCCAAUGUACAUAAAUCCACUGAAAACUGACGACUUAAUUUUCUUCAUAGACUUUUCUUGGGAAUAAAAUUUAAAUUUCGUUGCCAUUAUAUAUCUCCUUUUUAAUUUCUUUGGUUGGGGCUUCGGCAUAUAUCUUUGAAUCCGGUCGACAGGUCAUUUUUUGUUGUCAUCAUGUUUCCAGGUAUUUAUAAAAGUUACAAUUUUAAACAAGUAAGUCUUUUUGUUUCUCACUGGCGGAAAUAAGCUAUCAUAUGCUCACUUUGAAAUUCACUGCUUUGUCCGCACAACAGCAAUUCCUCUGCAAAACAGGGCUUUCCUAACAAGGGCCUAGACUGCCUAACAAGAUCUUAAGCCAUUUGAUCACUUUAAAGACAAGUAUUCUCAGCUUACCUGGAGAAAUUUGAAGAUAUAUCGAGCAUGGCAUUCGUACUUCUUUUGGCCACACGCCAUGCGUUCAUUUCCGCUAUUCGGUCCCUGAAUAUAAUAAGGCCAGUUUUCAUUUUAUAAGGGCUGGGUGGGAAGGGAAUGCUAUAUCUUUUUUAUUUUCUCUAACCCCUUCCCUGCCCCCUCAAACCACAAUACUCUUCUUUCCCAACGUUACACAGCGAUGGCUAUUUCUUCUUUAAAAGAAUGAAUUAACUGUUUAAAUUGAUGAGGUAGUUUUUCAAUGAAUCUUAGUACAGUCCAACAUUUCCUAUUUUUGGUAGCGGGAACGUAUUGAUAAAAAAAGAGAAAAUAUGCAUACGUGAAAGUUCUAACUGUGACCCAACGCUUAACUAUAGUCACGUGGAAAGUCAUGUGAUCUCAGUAAGUCGACUGGCCUUACUAUUUAGGAACGUCAACAUGUGAAUGCUUGAUAUGAUUAGGUUUUGGUUUGCCGCACUGUAAAUUCAAAAUGCUUGCUUAAGCCUCGAAGUUAAGUAGUGUCCUAAUGGAGUAACCCAUAGUUGUACAGUGCCUCUAUAGGACUGCAAUUUGUUUCUUAAAUUUCAGUUUAUAUUGUCCGCUAUGAGUCCCACAGUGGGACGAAAUGAUUUUUUUUUUUUUGACGGAGCUGUUCGGCCUCACCUGUUGCUGAAAUGACUCUUUAAGAGUUUGAAUCAGAUUUUGUAACUAUGUAGCUGAGAAACAGAUCUUUACAAUUUUUUUACCCCAUCCAGUGAUAACUCUUAUAAGCGGAUCGAGAUCUCACGUUAUAAUUCGAGAUAGGAAAUUCUCGACUCAUACUGUGUAUCUCUCGUUCUAGAUCUCUGUCUGUCUUUUUCUCGUUGAGCUUAGCUGGCCUGCAGCCUACUUUCUCUUUUUCUCUGUCUUUCUCUUGCUCUAUAUUCCAAAUUUGUGAACAUGACAAUUCAUGAAUCUAAGCCAGGAGCUAAGCUUAAUACGUUAGACAACACGGAUACAGAAAUAAUUUCCACUUUCCGUUUUCGUCUUUAUUGACUCUUUAGUUGUCUCUUGCGUUACAAGACGCGUGUGCGAUUUCCCUCCAAAAUAACCUCGAGUUUGAUUUGGGUUGGUAGCCUGUGGUGCGGACAGAUGGGUGCUCGGUCGGUGUACGGUCACGUGAUUAACAAAUUUUCUCGGAUGGGUAGAUUUACUUAGCUAUGGUGUUGCGCUCGCGUGGAGCUCCGCUAUAAUAACCUCGAAAUUAUAAUUAUUAGCUUAUGUCCUCAGCUCAGAGAAAUAUAAAAGAGUGGAUUCAAGUGCAGUCAUAUAAGUGGUAAAGGAGGAACUUUGCACUCCAGUCCAAAGACUCACAUUAUCUUAAAACAAACAAGCCGGACUUUAUUAUUGUUUAAAAAAUAAUCUUGGGUGAGUCACAAUGCAAUUCACCAUAGCUGAUGUAGCUUCAGUUUAAGCUGCAAUUCAUUCUUCUAAAUUUGGAUCUGUAAAUCGCUAUCGGUGAAAAUCUGGGCCCAGCGUGAUACAGCAUUGCAGGAAAACAUCACAUUCACGGACUAAAGAAAAUCGCUUAGUUAUUCAGAUCCUGCGGCACUUUGGAGAAAAUGAAAGAACCUUAAUUAAAGCCUUAUUUAGCCGCAAUAAAGAGCUUGACGCUUCAAAAGAGGUCGAAGAAAAUGCUCUUGCAUCAGAGGGCAAAUCAAUAAGCGUGUCAUGACCUCUCAGUGUGAAACGGGUGACUAAAAUCAAAACAUAGAACCCUCCAGAGCACAAUCUACCCGCCAGAGAAAAAAUGUAUUGGAUCAAGCAGCAUUUUGGCGUGUAGGCCUACCGACCUCCUUUUAGCACUGCGAGCAAAUCUUGGCCUGAUGCCAGUGUAGAAAUCGCUCUGACUUGCUCAGUGCGUAAUACAUGCGACUUUCACAGCUGCUCCAAUUCCAAAAGACUUUCUUCGAGAGCAUACUUUUUAAAAUUUCGGUCUGCCAGUUCUGAGUCAGAAUAAUUCUUUCCCGCAGUUGUGUGCAAACAAAAACGAAAUAAACAAUAUUGACUUACAGUUGAUUAGCAGGCAUCAUUCUACUUCCCGUAAGCCGCACCAAUCAGGAGCUCUGUUUGCCAGCGUACGGAGUUUCCCAAAAGAACAAUGAUAUCGGCAGGCUUAUUUUUUUUCUCCCCUCCCCUUCCCCCUUUCCUUCUUUCGCCCUAGCACCUACCCUAAGGGUUGCUAUUUCUACCCAGUUCCUCCCCAAAGAUGGCGGCUACAACAAUACGAACAUAAACAAGCUUUCGCCCUCCAAAAAUACGCCUGCCGUCCGCAGGCUAAGAAAUUUCAUGCGUAUAUAUAAUGAGACCCCAAUGAAAUGAAUACCUCUCUAAAAUUUGCCUCAUCAUUUAAGUGGAUUAUAGUGUGAUAUCUGGGAUAUUAACUUUAUUUACGUCAGUUCGCUUAAAAACACAAAACUGCAAAGAGGCUUAUUUACAAAAUUAUCCGCCCAUUAGAGGAAAUGGCUGCUUCAUCGAACACGGGAUUUUGUAAUAUAUAGGCUCCUGUCAUGAUAGGCAAUAACGGUCACUUUGUUAUGUGUUUACGGCGGCAUAUAUAAACUGUUAGUAGCUCUAUUUAAACUCAUGCAAAAUAGGAUCAAAGGAAUUAAUCUGUAGAAAUGUAAACCUGCAUUUAUUGAAAAAAAAAAAAAAAACUAUAUUAAGUUACGUCUUGAAAAGUGACUGAGGUAUCUUUUCCAUGAUCUAUUGCAAGAAUAUUGAGUGUCUGAGCAACUCCACUCUUUGAGGUACGUUUUAACAUGUCUUCCAAAGUGGUUCACAAUUUUUCAGUGUUUAAUCUUUGUAGUGUAAACUUACCGACACGUUCAAAACCAAGGGAAGGCGGUUACAAACUUUCAUUUGACCUUAAAGUGUUCUAUUUUUUUGUUAUUGUUAUUCUUUGUUUUUUUUUUGUGUUUGGCUCGAAAGAAGAAUCAUAACAUCAUGUAACAUCGUCCGGCGGCAGCCAGCCGCUGAACUAACGCGCCAGUAUUGAUCGCCUCAAGUUUUUGUCACCUAGCAAAUAAUGCUCUCUUCAAACGCUUCACUGAAGAUUCAAGACUCAAGUGCAAGUUUGAAAGGGGGUCAACAAGUGUCGAUCGUCUGAUAUGAAACCACUGAAAUUGCUGCUUGGAGCAUUGAUCAUCCAACAUUUAAGCAAAGCAUUCAAAAACAUAGUUCUUACUUUAUUUAUUUAUUUAUUUAUUUAUUUUUAAUCAGUGCUUGUAUAAGAAACCAUUUGGGUGGCUGCUUUAAUCAUUAGCGUACGAUCAAUCAGAAUUUUUUGCUCUGUCAACUUUAUCAUGUUAGGUAAGAGGGCUAGCUAGGGAUAUAAUAUUGAGAUAUGAUAUUAAGGAGAUCACCCUAACAUGAGUGAGAACAGAAACGUGGCCAAUACUGUUCCGGCAGUGUACAAGGGUCUUGAAAAAAGGAAGGAAAAGAAUGACACAGGCCAACCAGAAAUUAAAACUUAAAUGGCAUUCUAAGGAGAUAAGUAAUAGUCUUGUUUUAUAUUAGUUCAUCGCCUUUUUCGCGAGGGUAGAUAGAUUGAUAAAUUGUCUGCGAGUCGUUAUACUUUUGACAUUUCAAACCCAUGUGGCCUUAGGCUAGCUCAAAUACAGCAAAUGUUCGGCAGGAGAUAAUAUAUUUCCUCUUAAAGGAAUUCAGUCAUUGUUUAGAACAACAACCACAGGCAGCCCAAACCCACGUCACGGAAGGAAGUGUUGCCUAAGUUGCGACGUGACCUUUUCUUUACUGAGUCAAACAUUAUUUCACAGGGCGCCCACACAAUCUGUUUAAGUGAGCAUUCGGGAGUACACUACCCUUGGUAAUUGCGUCCUUUGGUUCAGAGGUGGUUUUCUGUGCAGUUUUCAAUAUUUUAAAAUACAGCGAUAUUCUUUAAAUGGCUCCGGUGGUGCCGAGGAUGAGACUUUUCUCCAGUAAAUUGCAUCGCUUAGAGUUCAAAACCGUGAAUUUUGUAACAACGAAAAGAUCACCGCAUUUCCUUGAGGUAUGUCUCAAAUCUAAGCGGCUUAUGCGAUAACACUAAAACAUCAGCAAUGCUAAUUAUUGAUUCAGUUUUCAAAAAGUUUAAGAACUCUUGUAUACAGAGUUCUGACUUCAAAAUCUAAGGAUUAAAUCGAACACAGAGAUGUACGAGCCAGCUUCCUGAGUUGUUCUCUAUAUUUAGCUUCUUAUUGUUCUAGAUUUGGAUAAGUAAGGGCGUUAACCGAUUAUCCUCAGGAAGGACAAAAACAUAAACAAGUAAGAGUUUUUAACGCCGGCUUUGAUUGCCAAGGUGAAGUCGGAAGUCAUGUACUGCCGUACCAGGUAAUUCUUAAACAAAACAGUUAGAACCCGGCACAGAUCCGUAGUCUCCUAUCACCAGAGGAAAAGUAGAUUUUAUCGCCUGUAAGCAACUUGUUGGAGUUGCGGAUUUUUUAUCAAACAGUCAAACGGUGACCACUCAAAAGAAGCAGAAAGGAAGAAAGCCACGUAAGUUUGUUUAUUCAAUUUAUCUAGUAUUUUAGGGUAUAUAAACAUCACGUCAUGUUUCCUUAUACUUUUUGUUUGCUUAUAAAUACUAAAGGACGCUAUUUCGGGCUAUCUUUUAUUUUCAACAAGCUAAAAAAAAUUUCGCAUCUGUUUAUCUCGCAAAUGAUUGUCCAGUUUUUUUUUUUUAUUUAACAGUACACUUAGGUAUUGGACUGUUUCCUGUCGUCCGUUGCAACGGAUGGCAGGGAUGGACAUGAAUUGCCCAACCUUUUCAAGUUUCAAUGCUAUGCCUGCCUGUUAUGGUUAGUGCUCUCUGAUGAAAUUUCUUUGAUACCUUCUUAAUUCAUAACUCUACAGGAGAAUUUUGUGAAUGACUAAAGCCAGUAAGUAAUGAAUGUCAGCACAGAAUUUCCCUAAAACAGCAAUAUUCUCAUGUCAUUCUGAGCCCCAUUUGACAAUUUGACUCUUAAAAACUCGAACUGGUCGUCUAAAUGCUUUAGUAGAAGCCAACUAUCAAACUACAGCUGUGCCUUCGAGUCCAUAAUUCUGGUUUGCAACCAGGUGACAAGGCAGCCAUGCUUUUUCUCGAAGAGCUUCGAAGAAUUUAAAUAAAAAAAAGAGUUUAGUCCCCAAAAGAGAGAAAUGAUUUUUGUUACUUGAACACCAACAUGGCCGCCGUGACGUCACUUGCAAACCAGCCAUAGUUAACUAAAUUUGUUCAUCUUACCCGGAUUAAAAUGCUCAUUCCGUAUUUCGUGGCCGUUGAGUACUAUUCUGGAAAUAGCUCAUUUAUUUUCAUCGCAAGAACGGCUUGUCAAAGAAGUUGCUAUUGUUUUGUUUUUGUUCAAAACACCGGCUUACUCCUUUUAGUCACUAUCGAUCACGGAAUAUAGUGACUACUUCAGCAAAUCAUGUUGCAGAAUUCGUGAUAGUGUACCAAAUGAUUCUUUAGUGUUGUUUGAUUGCCAGCUCAAUGGGAGUUUUUAGCUGCAUAACACAAAAAAAUGAACUUUGAUUCAAUUAUAAGCAUUGUUUUUGAACCUUCGUUGGAACAAAUUUAAAUCUGUACUGUUUCCGUUUUUCUUUUAUUUCAACUUCAGCAGGAGAUUAUACGGGUAAAUGCGACUGAUAGCCGAUUGCAAAGAUUAUCAUUUAACACCAUCAAACUUAAGCCGCGGCAUAUUGAAAAUGAUUGGAUCACCCAUGCCUUUUAGUAAAUUAGUUUAUUUAAAGAAUAACAAUGUACAAAAUCUGAAACAGAAAAAUGAGCGACACUUAGAAGAUCAUCAUACGUGCCGUUAAAAGUUACAACGAUAAAAUUUAACCAGGGAAGUAUAAAUAUUACGGUUGGCCCGAUCAUUAACAUGGCUCUACUGCGGUUUAGCAUUGUUUGUCAUCAAAGAGGCUCUGACUUGUUUGAAGAUAUUGUCAGUGGCAGAUAUAUAUCCAGGGUAGCCUCCCGCACAGACGUUUUUAAGAGGUUCGUCACGCGUUCCUGCUCUCCCAGGAGGAUUAUUGCGUGACGAACCAAAAGAACGUCUGCGCGAGAGGCUAGAUCCAGGGAAGAGGCGCGAAUUAAAUCUCUCAUCCGAGGUAAAAUUAUCUUUCGCAGGCCAAAGGACGAAAUAUUGAAUCGCUUUGUCAUUUGUUGUUGAAAAUAACUUAUUAUGCUAAUAAAGGCUCAAAUCAUGCGUUCUCAAAGACCACACAACGAGAGGUUUUAGCAACAAGUUCAUAAGUACUCUGAGUAGCUAAUGACGUCGUAACUGAAUCAAUAGACUCCUGCGGGAGUAACGUGCUUGCCCUUGGAAAUUAAGCUUAUGACUGACCUGACCGAUUCAUGCAGCGGGCAUUCAAAUAAUUAUAAGCUUUGACGUCAUAUGAUCGACACGUAAUUAACAAAAAUCACUUAAUGUAAUUAUGGCACGAUAAUUAAGAUUUCAUGUUUUUGCCGAGAAAGUGAAUAGAGAACCGCCUAACUUUCGUCCGACUCUUCAAACUUGUCUAAACGCCGUUUGCACAUUUGAAAUGUCAUAGAAAAGCCAAAUGAUAUUGGAACCAUAAAAAUAGCAGUAUUUGCUAAGUAUGAAUCUGUUUUAUAAAAAUGAGUAUUGUUGUCUUUUAUCUUCUUACCCCAGCCUGCUUCCGGGAUUGUCUUUGAUAAAGCAGUUAAAAAGAAAAAGACCCAAAACAAAACAAAACAAACAAACAAAAACAACAACAACAAAAACUAUUACUGAACAAAUUUCAUUCAGCUUCUCUGACUUCUAUAAUUGACAGGUGAGGAGGAAUAAUGAGGCCUCUUCAUUAAUUAUUCAAUUUGUUUCUUCUCGAAAAAUUUCGUUAUUCCUUUAUUCCAACCCAUAUCAGGAAAUCAUGCCAUGAAUCUAUCUCCAACAUUUUCGUUAUUCGUUAUUCCUAUUUCUUUAUUACACUUCAGCCCACGAACUUAUAAGCCUUCUAAUGGAAAUAGCGAGUUUGCAACCACAAGAAUCAAAGAAUCAUUAAGAAUAAACAAGGAAACUGCAACGGGAUAUAACAUCCCAUCUGAAAACAUGGUUCACCAGCGGGAAUCGAACUUCUGUCGGUUCUCUGCCCAUUGGGCGUUUUAGACCUGAAACCAAUUUCAAACGGCAAUUAACUUACAGACGUUAUUUUUAGCAAGUGUAUUGAGAAAUCAACCUAUCAAAUUCCUGUUUUUUCAAACGCAUUUUUCGGUUUGUUGGUUUUUUCUUCUUUAGUGGUUUAGCUAAAAAUAUCCAUUAGAGGAAUUUAAACUGCGCUUACGGCAAUCGACCUUUUUCUUCUCUACUUCACCUUAAUUUGUGAUAAAUCCGUAUAUGAAAUGCUCUGUAAAUAAUGGCUAGUCUACUGAAAGCUUUAGAAAAUUCGCGAAAAGAAAAGAUACAAAAAAAUACACCCUUUAUUUCUUAACCAUAGUAACAAAAGUCGAAGGGUGGCUAGAAUUUUCUUGAAUACUUGUAAUGAGGCGUAAAAAGGGACCCAGUAUAAGGUAUUCUUAUAUAUCGUGAUCCUUAAUUACUAUACGCCUUCCAAUCCUUUGUUGCCAUUGUCAGUGAUUAAUGAGUUGUUUUCUUACUUAUUUUUUAUCUUUAAGGGCUCCACUGUCAUCAAAGCAACUAAAAACAGUAGAGACUGGUAUUUUGAGAAAAAGACUUUAAGAAAUGAAAUUCGCCCUAAUUUUUCCCGUCCUAUUUAUUGCUGUUGUGCAAAGCAUUUCUGCACGAAAAGGAACGACUCGUAGAAGGUGAGAAAUUUUUGCCUUAUUAGUAGCGAGAUGAACAGUUUACUCAACAAAUUGUCAUUCUCAUAUGUGCGUGUUGGUAGUGUAUUGAUCAAUCGUGUCGUGAUAGCAAUGUUCCGAUUACUUAUUUGGUGCAAAAGGUAUAGUCUGAGGUAGCGAUUCCCAUGAGAUCAGUCUCUAAUUUUUAAUCCUUUUUUAGGUCAGGCGAGCAAAUUUCACUAUUUACCCAUGCACAAAAAAGGCAAAUCAGCGAAGAAUUUUUAUUGCAAAAAAAAAGGCUUUGUACGUGGUGACUAGACUGUGAGCAGUCUUGUGUUUUUCUCUUGAUUCACAGUUCGAAAGCACCCGUGAGGAGCGAGCGGCGAAGCCGCGAGGAACGAGGGCGGUUUCACUCGCCGUUCGUGGCUCUGUUGAAAGAAGGACAACCGCUCACCGUCUAUGUCGUGACAUUUGCUCGUCUGAUGUGGCCAUGCGUAAGGGCUUACAAAAAAAAUUAUUGAAAAAUAUAACCUCGUAAAAUUAACGAGCUGUUGAGGAGCAUUAAUGAAGAAACGUAGAAAAACAACCUAGAUCUAGGGGAGAAAUGUAAAGGGCAUUGCACAGCUGAAUCACUGUUCUUGUUAGUUGAGUAGAAAUUACAUUUAUACGGUUUAGAUAUGGUCAUCCGAGAGUUUCCCUCGACGAAAAAAAAUUGCAAACCACUCUAAAAAUUGUUUUAGAGGGGCUUGCAAUUCUGUUUAGCUGAUCUUUGUCUCUCUUUGUGGCUUAUCCCCACAGCUAAAGCGGCCGGCAAGUUUAUGCGUUCAUAUCACCUUGGAAACUCCUUUAUCCUACCUUCGUGACAUAAUGGAAAUAGGCGUUUUAUAAGAGUUGGUCACCAAACCUAACAAAAACUUUUAUACAGAGGAAAUUGAAAAAGCACAUUUUAAUGGGCCAUUUAUGAGUUCCCUGCAGCCUCUUUUUCAAAGCGAGGCUUAGUGCGAAGCUAUUGAAAUGAAAAUGACUUUUAUUCUCAUACAAAUAAAACUCAUCUUUGCAAGUCUCGUUUUGAAAGUGAGACUUUUUGGAACUCGGAAAUGGCCUAUUAGUAAGAAUCACAUUCACAAGUACAAUAUAAUGUCGUCCAACGGCGAGAUUUAGUUUAGGUUAUUACCCUAUAAAGGAACAGACAGGAAAGCGCCUUGUCUAUCCCUUGGGAUAUGUGAGUUUCACCAAAGUUAUUUUUAAACCAAAUUAAUGUCCUGAAUUAACUAAAAUUAAUCGGAAGUUGGUUACUGCAGAGGCCCGCAAACGUUUAGUCAUUUUUGUCAAGAGAGAAUUCAACAGUCAUCAUUCCAAUAUUCUGCAUUGUUUGCCUUGACACAGUCGCGUGUGGACUUGGUGUCGUUUCAAACAAUCGACUAAAAUGUGAAAUCAGACUUACAACCUCUUAAAAUAACUUUAUGAAAUUCACAUAACCCUGCAAACGCCCUAAGUUUCCCUUUAUCUGCCAUCAUCCCCUCUUGGCUUAACAAAUUAAUAAUGAGAAGGUUUUGUAUGCAUGGUGUCACAAGGCCUUGCCAACCAUUUAAAUUUCUUAAGAAAGGGUCGGGCGCGGUGUUGCCGAGAGAAACAUGAAGAGAUUAAAAGAAUUAAUGGCAAGAACUGUUCUUUCCGAACAAAUCUUUUUAGUUUCUUUGGCUGUAUCAGUCGCUACUUGUGACAUAACCGGAAAUCGACAAAUCUUAUUGUCUUUUAUAUGCUCUUUGGAAACAGAGAAUACCAAGUCUACUUUGUUUUUCUCUUAAUCGUUGCUUGUUCGAGGCUGGGAGCUUAUUAACUUUUCCUGCCUACAGGCUGGCCGGUUAUUUGAGGUGGGUGCCUAUUCCAGGUUAGGCGCUUAAUCGAAUAAAUACGGUAUUUGAUCGAUUACCUCACUUUCUAAUAGGUUUAUCUCUGUAAAUGACACUAUUAAGUUGUGAAGUGCAACCUAUAUUUAAUAAGGAUUUGGUGAAUUUUAUCUUCUUUUAGCAGAAACAGUGGAGGAUUGCCCCUUAACGGAGCUAGACAAAAGGUAUGUAUUUUUUUUUUUACUCGCAGGACUAAUGAUUAAUCUUUUUAUCUGAGUUUGUAUCCCUUCCUACUUCUGGUUUUAAAUUCUUGAAAAGCGAGACAUAACCGAUUAUCUUUUACCAAAACAACACAACACAACAAAAAGACAAAAAAACAACAGGAGCCUGCAAUUUGGUUCUUAAAGUGCUGAUACGAUCAAAUUAUUGAUUGGUAGUUGCGUACUUUAAGUACAUGGUGUACCAAUUAUAGCUUCAUACGACGAUGGAAAGUGUGAUUGUUUCGUCCUCAAAUGCCGUUUAUUUUCGCCGCCAUUAAACGCCACGUUCCUGCGGCCUGGAUACCAAGAAUAGGCGACAAAAACUUAGUAACGUCAUUUGACUAUUUUGUACCUUGCUCAAACUAUGUUGAAAGAGAUACCAUGUUUCGUAAGAUUUGUCUCAAACAUGACAAAAAAGUACCAUAACUUUCGGUUGCAAAAGAUUAUUAAGUAUUACUAAAAACUGCUAAUUAAAAAUACUCUGUUAACAUUAAGAAUACAGAAAUACUGCCCACACCAUUCAUUCUGUAUUCCUUUUCAUUCGGCCCACCCAAUGACUUUAACAACAGCAACAACAACAACAACAACAACUUCAUUUCAGUAUUCCCACGUGAGUACAUGGUAUUGCCUACAUUAAUUAUGUUAUAAAUCUUAACUCAAAAUAAAGGCUAUAAUUAAAGAACAAGUUUUUGGCCCAUAAAGUCAGGGGCCACGCAUUGACACGGUUUGUCUAUUUUGCCUUCCGGGGUGGGGUUCAAAAUGGAACAAACCGUCAAAAAUCCGCGUUCAAACCAUCUCCUAAUCUCCUAGAAAGGCGAGAGACUUGCCAGCUUUAUAGGAACUACAUAUUUAUUUAUUCAUUUAUAUCAUUGAUUGAUUGAUUGAUUGAUUGAUUGAUUUAAAAUCUCUGAAAGCGUCUGUGUUCAAAUAUUCAAAUAGAGGUUCUAGAAGACAUAUAUUACUGAGAAUUCUUCGGAAUCAAAUAAAAUGGGACCGCGGCCCCCUCGCCCUCUCUAAGGCCGCCAAUGGGGUCAAACUUGUGUAUACAUACGAUUUUCUUGUCUGAAAAAGCAGCAAUACAAACGCCUACGGCUUAAACCCAAACCUCUUACGCGGUAACCACUCCAUUCGACCCCAUGCAUCAAUUUGAGAUAAUCAGAUAUAUUGGAAGCUUCUCUUCUUUUUUAUCAGGCUUAUCCAGUUUUACUCAGUAUUGUGAGAGAGGGAGGAUUCAGAGGGCUAGAAGAAUGCAAGAAACAAUUCAAAAACGAGAUUUGGAACUGUUCUCUGGAUCAGAGUAAACAGGACGUAUUUUCACAUCUACCCAUAUUUGUUAAAACAACGCUUCCAUAUGGUAAGGUUAUAGCAAGUUAGAGCCAAUAAAAUGAGCUGAUUUUUUUUUAGCGAAGCAACGUGUAUAGAUCGAGUUUCUUUAAUUUCCUCAUUCGGGAUUGUCGUUUCUCGUUCUUCAGGAUAACUUGUGUGGUUUCUCUUAAUAGUCUUUCACAUGAAAAGCUUCAGUAUUUCUUGACUAACACAACCAAACUUCUUUAUGAUUGCUUGUAAUGGCCUUUUUGACUGCUGAUUGCCGUCUCACGGACCAUGUCACUUAGCUCUUGUUAAAGAGAUGAUAAACUUCUUUUGUGUAAUCCCCCAAAUCUUAACACGCGUGGAAAGAUGGCGGGUAGAACAACGUCUAUUGGUACCAUUUUCUGUUGCAGCCACUCGUGAGACAGCUCUUUUACAUGCCAUAAGCAACGCUGCCAUCACACACGAGGUCACGCUUCAGUGCCGGCAAAACAAAAUACCCGGAUGUCAUUGCGUUGAAAAGAACAAGCACAACAGUGGUAAUGGAGAGUGGCAGUGGGGAGGAUGUGGGGAUAACAUUUGGUUCGGUGAGAACACAACGAAAAGCUUUAUCGAUGUUUUGGAACCGCAGGAAGAAAGCGCCCGUAGGGCAGUUAAUCUGCACAACAAUGAAAUAGGAAGACGG